GACCUCCACCGGCGUUCCUCGGUCGCUGCUAGGCAGUCGACGAGAGCUGACCUCGCUCCGUCAUACUCGCACGCUCCUCCCCCCAACGCCGACUUAGCCGUGACGGCGCAGACCAGGCCGCGCAUGUGAAGAAACUCGGCUGCGUCUAGACGGUCGUCUACAGGGCACAGCGCCACGAGACUCGACAUCCACCAUUGCUGCGAGACUCGACAUCGACCAUUGCCGCGAGACUCGACAUCCACCAUUGCCGCGGGACUCGACAUCGACCGUCGCCGCGAGACUCGACACACCCGCCAUGAACUACGUGCGCUCCAUCGCCGGCGGCGUGUCCAAGGGCUGGAACUCAAUCAACCCGGCCACGCUGAGCGGCGCCAUUGACACCAUCGUCGUCGAGCGCGACGAUGGCACCAUGGCCUGCUCGCCCUUCCACGUCCGCUUCGGCAAGUACCAGAUCCUGCGGCCCUCGGACAAAAAGGUCGAGUUCCGCGUCAACGGCGAGCUGCAGGACUACUCGAUGAAGCUCGGCGAGGGCGGCGAGGCCUUCUUCGUCUUCGAGACGUCGGCCAGCAUUCCCGUCGGCAUGCAGACGUCGCCGCUGGCCUCGCCCACCGCCAGCCCCGAGCAGAAGCCCGUCGAGACGCCGCCGAACCAGAUGCUCGACGACCCCGAGCCGCUCGAUCUCGCGAGCCUCGACUCGACCCUGCGCCGCAGAGGCCGCCUGUCCAUGUCGGUCCCGCCGUCGGACGCGCAGUACAACGAGGCCGACUUUGAGCGCCCAAAGUCGGGCGACUGGUCGGGCUUCCAUGUGCAGCGCGCCAGCACGGACACGGUCGUCGCCCCCGAGACGGACGCCUUCCCCGCACACGUCGACGGCGGCAAAGAGCACGGCCCGCUCGAGAUCAGCAGGGAGGAUGCCACGAGGUGGAACCGCUCCGCGCGCUCGGCCAGCCCGCCGCCCGUCUCGCAAGCCGAGGCGCUCGCCCGCGCCAUCAAGCUCUCGCGCAAGCUGUACUCGUCCAACAUACCCAACAAGGUCACCGACAACGGCGAUCUCGAGCUCGACAUGACGGGCUACAAGAGCAGCGAGCAGGACGCGCUGCGGGCAGAGGUCCUUGCCAGGAACAUUCUGUCCGACGAGCUGGCUGGCGACUACGACAUUGGUGCCCUGAUAGGGGCCGACGAGAACGGCAACCUCUGGAUCUACAGCAGCGAGGACGCCAAGGCCGCCGCCAUGCAGAAGAUGGCCCAGAGCGUCUUCAGCGAACCCUCGCUGGACGCCGUCUCGGACCCGGGCUACCAGAGCGACAGCGGCGUCAGCGACGCCACGGCAGACUUUCCCCUGCACAGGCGCAACGACUCGGACAGCGCCCUGGGCCUCUCUGCCCCCCACUCGCCCGCCGAGCAGCACCAGAAGAAGGCCGAGACGCGCAACUACGCAAAGACGCUGCGGCUCACGUCGGACCAGCUGAAAGCGCUCAACCUGAAGCCCGGCCAGAACACCAUGUCCUUUACGGUGAAUCGCUCAAAGUGCGAGGCCUACAUGUUCUACUGGCAGCACGACGUGCCGAUUGUCAUCUCCGACAUUGACGGCACCAUUACAAAGUCGGACGCCCUGGGCCACGUCCUGAACAUGAUUGGUCGCGACUGGACGCACAAGGGCGUCGCCAAGCUGUACACGGACAUUGUGAACAACGGCUACAACAUCUUCUACCUCACUUCACGCUCCGUCGGCCAAGCCGACACCACCCGCGCCUACCUCAACGGCGUCGUCCAGGAAGACCACAAGCUGCCGCGGGGGCCCGUCAUCAUGAGCCCGGACCGCACAAUCGCCGCCCUGCGCCGCGAAGUCUACCUCCGCAAGCCCGAGGUCUUCAAAAUGGCCUGUCUGCGCGACAUCAUGCAGCUCUUCGACAAGCCCGCCGGCCAGACGCCCUUUUACGCCGGCUUCGGCAACCGCUUCACAGACGCCCUGUCCUACCGCAGCGUCAACAUCCCCAGCACCCGCAUCUUCACCAUCAACUCCAACGCCGAAGUCAGCCUCGACGUUCUCUCCCUCAACAGCUACAAGACGGGCUACGCGUCCAUGCGCGAGAUUGUCGACCACUUCUUCCCCCCCGUCGGCCUGCUCGUCCCCGCAGGCGGCGAGAACUUUACAGACUUCAACUACUGGCGCGACAAGCCCCUCGACAUGGACGACUUCACCGACUCGGAGGACGACUCCGAUGACGACCAGACCGAGGCCGGCUCCUACCGCAGCGAAGACGAGGGCGACGUCGGCGAGGAUCUGGAGGCGAGCUACAUGACAAACGAGAGCCGGCGACGACGAGCAUCUGGAGGCGAGCUACAUGGCAAACGAGAGCGGCGACGGCGAGCACCUAGAGGCGAGCUACACGGCAAACGAGAGCGGCGACGACGAGGGCGCCAUGGAGCACAGCAUCCUCGAGACCAUCGAAGGGAGCGACGGGGAGUAUCGAGGCGAGCAUGUGGACGCGCCCUACGAUCCGCAGAAUCUCGAUGGCGUCCAUGGUGGCGAGGACGACGAAGAGUACAGUGAAGAUGAGACGGAGAUUGGAGACGCGACCCCGGCCAUUGCCCAGAAAGACCUCGCAAGACCACACACCCCGGACCCGCAUCUGCGUCGGAAACACAGCGUCCCCGAGAUCAGCAAGCGCAUGGCCGAGCGCGCCGCCGAGCGCAUGAGCAAGCUCGAUAUCAGAGACGGCAUCAGAGACGGCACCAGAGACGGCACCAGAGACGGCACCAGAGACGGCACCAGAGACGGCACCAGAGACGGCAUCAGAG